AUGACCUUCUGCGGACAUCAGACCUACAGCCCGCUGAGCCUUAGGACUCACCAGCCAGAAGCCAUGCUGCUGUGGCUGACCCUCACCCUCCUGUGGAGCACCACCUGCUGGACACAGCAGAUGUAUGGGACUGGAGGAGGCGAGUAUUUCAGUACCUCUACAGAUUAUGAAAAUGAAAUAACUGGGAUUCGGGUGUCUAUAGGUCUUUUGGGCAUAUUUAAGAGUAUCCAGGUGAGAUAUGGAUCCUCCUGGAACGAAAGAUAUGGUGUCUCAGGUGGACAGACCCAGGAAUUCAUCCUGUUGCCAGGUGAACACAUUGUAGCCAUAUAUGGCUCACACAAGGUUUACCUCCGGUACCUGAUCAUAUACACUGAUGCCAACCGCUGGGCUUCAUUUGGGAAAGAAGAUGGCUCCAGCUUUGUCGUCUACCCCGACCAGCCUGGCAAGGUGCUCUCGGGAAUCUUUGGCCAGUAUCAGCUCCUUGGCAUCAAGGGCAUUGGUUUUAGGUGGGAUUAUCCUCUAACAGGGAAUGUCACUGCACAACCAUAA